CCCUCCCCCUCUGCAGAAUGUCUGGGGUCCUAUGUUCUAAACCUAUUUACUUUCAAAUUCUAACUGAUCCACCUGAACUCAGCAGAAUCUGUUGAGGCAGGUCACUCUCUGAGUCCUGCUCUUGAUUUUUCUCAUUGUGGAAACCGUCAGAUAUCGGUGAACAGCACCCAGCCUGAGGAAAUGGCUUCAGAUGAAGCAUGCCCAGUGCUGGAACCAGCUGUGACAGAGAACCCUGGCGCCUCCUUGCCAGUGUUCACGGCUCUGUCCUGCGCCACACCUGCUCCCGGCCCAGCACACGGGCCGCCCCUCGUGACUACAGUGGUUCCUCCAGUGCUGCCUGCCUUCCCCAGGACCCCUCUGGUGGCAGGACAGGAUGGCCGCGGCCCACAUUGGACUGGGGCUUCCAACGUCUUUGGCCAGAUAACGACAGAAAUGGGGCCUGUGAAGGCCCCUCAGGCACAGACCUCGGUCCAAACUCAGGCCCCCCUCGUCUGGCAGGCUCCAGGUGCCGUCUGUGAGGGCGUCGCUAGUCCACCAGCCCGACCCCUGGCAGCUGCCCCUGUGGUGCCCGCUAUGGCUGCCCACAUCAUUGGGGGCACCCAGGCCUGUGAGGGAGGCUGGUCCCAGGGCCUUCCUCCUCCAGCACCACCACCGGCUCCCCAGCUGGCCCCCACCAUGGCCCCAGGGAAUGCUUGUCCAUGGCCACAAGGGGCUCAUGGAGAGGGCAGCCAGGCCCCCUCCCAGGCCAACGCCCAACCGGACCACUCCUGCAACCCCAAGAGUGUGUAUGACGACUUCCAACUCUGGCAGCGCUACAAGCCCCUGGCCCGGAGGCACCUUCCCCACAGUCCGGACACGGAAGCGCUUUCCUGUUUCUUCAUCCCAGUUCUCAGAUCCCUGGCCCAGCAGGAGCCCAGCAUGACCCUGGAGGAGGGACUGCGGUGGGCCAUGCGGGAAUGGCAGUACACGAGCAACUUGGACCGGAUGAUCUACUAUGAGAUGGCGAGAAAGUUCCUGGAGUUUGAGGCUGAGGAGGAGAUGCAGAUUCAGAAGUCGCAGUGGAUGAAGGGGCCCCAGUGCCUGCCUUCUCCAGCCCUACCAAGGCUUGAACCUCAGGGACCCUCAGCACCUGGGGUGGCUAAGGAGCCAGUGUACCUUCCCAGCAAGGCCGGCCCCAAGGCCCCGCCUGCCUGCCUGCCACCACCCAGUCCCCAGCAGCCAGUGGAGACCAAGGCCCACCUGCCACCACCCAGGACCCAGCAGCCAGCGGAGACCAAGGCCCCUGAGGAGAUACCCCCUGAAAUGGUACAGGAGUGUGUGGACAUCAUGGAGGAGCUGAUGGGGCCUCCCGCUGGGGCCACUAGGGAGCUCCAGGGACAGAGGAAAGAGGGCGAAGUGGAGCAGGAAGGGGACGGGAUGCUUCUAGACCCAGGCAUCCUGAGCUACGUCAACGAUCUGUGUUCCCAGAAAGACUUCGUCACCAAGGUGUGCUUGGCUCCACCUUACUCCCUGAUCCAAUUCCUGGAAGAACUGCUUUCCCCAGAUCCACAGAUGGACUUCUUGGCCGUAAGCCAGGAGCUGGAGCAGGACGAAGGACUUACCUUUGCCCAGGUAGCAGAGAAGCGCCUCCAAUCCUCAAAGGAGGAACGGUGUGAGAGGGUAGCCCCUAAUCAUGUCACCAUCCAGCUGGACUCAAUCUCUUCUAAGUCUGCAGCGGGCCAAGGAGCAGAGAGAGAUGUCCCUGGCCUCCAACAAGGGGUCAGCAUGGAAACCUGCCCAACCCAGACGGCUGCCCAGGACCCUCAGGGACAAGGCAGAGUGUGCAUUGGGGUGGCCAAAAACCCUGUGGUGCUCUUGGAGAGGCUGGAUUCUGGCAGGCUGAGGGCUGCCCAGACAGACUCUCCUCCCCAGGACCAGAGACCCACCUGCCCAGCUGUGGGGACCCAGGACACCUGGGGUCUCCCUGGGGCCUCUCCUGUCAAGGAGUCACGCAGGCUGUGUAAGGGGUCAAGUGAGGAGGAGAGGAAAAUCCCUGGUAUGGUUACCGUUGUGGGGACCAACUACAGGCUGAGGCCCUGGAAGCUGUCCCAGAGCCCUGUCCCUGCCUCGGGCCUUCUCAGUCCAGAAGGGCGGAAACCCCAGGGAGCUCUUCAGUCCCAAUCUGUGAAGAGAAGAGGCCUGAGCCCAGCACUGGCUCCCACCACCAAGUCCAAGAAGCGAGCUCUCUUCAGAGGCCCAUCCCCUGCUGUUCAGAUGCCCAAGGGGUCAAGUGAGGAGGAGAGGAAAAUCCCUGGUAUGGUUACUGUCGUGGGUACCAACUACAGGCUGCGGCCCUGGAAGCUGUCCCAGAGCCCUGUCCCUGCCUCGGGCCGUCUCAGUACAGAAGGGCGGAAACCCCAGGGAGCUCUUCAGUCCCAAUCUGUAAAGGGAAGAGGCCUGAGCCCAGCACCCGCUCCCGCCACCAAGUCCAAGAAGCGAGCUCUCUUCAGAGGCCCAUCCUCUGCUGUUCAGACGCCCAAGGGGUCAAGUGAGGAAGAGAAGAAAAUCCCUGGUAUGGUUACUGUCGUGGGUACCAACUAUAGGCUGCGGCCCUGGAAGCUGUCCCAGAGCCCUGUCCCUGCCUCGGGCCGUCUCAGUACAGAAGGGUGGAAACCCCAGGAAGCUCUUCGGUCCCAAUCUGUAAAGGGAAGAGGCCUGAGCCCAGCACCCGCUCCCGCCACCAAGUCCAAGAAGCGAGCUCUCUUCAGAGACCCAUCCUCUGCUGUUCAGAUGCCCCACCUAAGACCUGGGCUCAGAGUCUCUGGGGCACAAUCCCUGGCUUGGGGGCUGGGUAACCCCUCACAGUCUGGAAAGAGAAAGGGUGACCCCUUGCUCCCUAAGAGGAAGAAAAAGCAUCGGAGCCAGUAGAGUCAGGGCAGACUCUGGUGCUGAUCCCCACGGUGGGGCUCUCAACUCUCCGGCCCUCAGGGCAUCAGGUGCCCCGAUCAAAGACUUCUCCCCCAGUGCUGACCUUGCUGGGCCUUAGCUUGAUGGGGG